GGCCGGAAGCGGCCGCGCCGGCGCCGGGCAGGUGCCACCAUGGCAGCGGCGGGCGGCGGCGAGGCGGCGCCGUGGACAGGCUCGCGGCGGGUCAAGUACGCGAGCCUGGCGGUGCUGGUGGUGCAGAACGCCUCGCUCAUCCUCAGCAUCCGCUACGUGCGCACGCUGCCCGGCGAGCGCUUCCUGGCCACCACGGCCGUCGUCAUGGCCGAGGUGCUCAAGGGCGGCGCCUGCGUCCUGCUCCUGCUGCUGCAGCACCGCGGCAGCGUGCGGCAGACGGCGGCGACGCUGCAGGCGGCCGUGCUGGGGCAGCCGGGCGAGACGCUGCGCCUGGCCGUGCCCUCGCUCAUCUACACGCUGCAGAACAACCUGCAGUACGUGGCCAUCUCCAACCUGCCCGCCGCCACCUUCCAGGUCACCUACCAGCUGAAGAUCCUGACGACGGCGCUGUUCUCGGUGCUGCUGCUGGGCACGUCGCUGUCGCGGCUGCAGUGGCUCUCGCUGGCGCUGCUCUUCGCGGGGGUGGCGCUGGUGCAGGCGGAGCAGGCGCGCGCCGGCCCCCCCCCCGCCGCCGCCGCCGCCGGCCCGCCGCAGAGCUACGCCACGGGGCUGGCGGCCGUCGCCGCCUCCUGCCUCUCGUCGGGCUUCGCCGGCGUCUACUUCGAGCGGCUGCUGAAGCGGGCGGGCGGCUGCAUCUGGGUGCGCAACGCGCAGCUGGGCGCCGUGGGCGCGCUCGUGGGGCUGGCGGCCAUGUGGGCGGCCGAGGGCCGCGCCGUCGCCGGCCUCGGCUUCUUCCACGGCUACAGCCCGGCCGUGUGGGCCGUGGUGCUGAACCAGGCGGCCGGCGGGCUGCUCGUGGCGCUCGUGGUGCGCUACGCCGACAACAUCCUCAAGGGCUUCGCCACGGCGCUCUCCAUCGUGGCCUCCACCGCCGCCUCCGCCCACCUCUUCGGCUUCCGGCCCCGCGCGCCCUUCCUGGCCGGCGCCGCCAUGGUCGUCGCCGCCGUCUACCUCUACGGGCGCCCGCGGCGGCCCCCCGGCGCCGCCGCCCCCCCCGGCGCCGCCGCAGCCCCCCCCCAGCGCCGCCCCCCCGGCCGUCGUCACCGUCCCCGCCGGCGACCGCCCCGACGCCGGUCGCUCGGCACGGCCAAGGGCUGCUGACAGCGCCGGGCGCGACGCCCGGCCCCGUGGGGGCCGCUCGGCCCCAUAGGGCCCCGCCGGGGGCCUAUAGGGGCUCUGUAGGGGCCGCCCCCCCCCCCCCCCCCCGGCGCGCGCGGUAAAGACGAGGCGGAAACA